AUGCACACGUACCGGAGCCAGGCCAGCACACCAUACCAAGCGCAACGCAACAGACAAUUCACGAUGGACGGCAAGAAUCGGAACUGUCCAAAAUGCAAACACGAGGUUCGUAGCAAGAUGAAGGGACAGCCGUGGCCUCUACUAUUGUGCGAGGCCUGUCUGAACAAGAAGAAGCCGAAGAACUACGCCAAGCAACAAGAUCGCAUCGAACGCCGCUUGAAGGGUGGCAUUCCGCUGUCACUCGGUCUGCUCAAGUUCCAAGCUGAAGUCGCGCCAGCGAAGCCCAAGAAUCCCACGCUCGGGGCGGAAGACUUGCCAGCAGAUGUACGCACCUGGCUUGAUCAGGUCUCCUUGUCAGUAGAGAGGCUAGAAGCUCUGCCUGCACCUUACGGACAUGCCUUACUAGCCUUGAACAGCACAGAUACUCUGCAGACCACCAGUCGUGCAUCUGAAUCGAGCACCUACAUCAAGCGCGAAGACUCAGCCGAGUCAGAGGAUACGAAGCUCCCCAGGGCAGCUCGCGGCCAAGGCAGCAACAAGACUCUUUUCAUUGGCGGGCUCCAUCGUGAGGUGAAGAAGACGAUGUUGGCAUGGUUCUUCAAGGACUAUGUCCAUGACAUCCCGUUUGUUCGCCACAACUGGAAGGUCAAAGGUCGAGGAAAAGCAGUUGAAUGGGCUCUCGUUGAGAUGGACACACCUUCCGAGGCCGCUCGCGCAAUUCGAGAGCUCGAUGGGAAGGAACUGCUGGACUGCAAGGUCUCUGUACACUUCCACACACCACGAGCAUCCGUCAAGCCCUUCGAUCCUCAAGUAUACACGGAGACAGGUCGCACGCUCUACAUUCGAGGUAUCGAGCCUGAUGUUACCGAAGACAUGCUACUCACCUUCAUGGAUGACUUUGAGGCACGCGUGCACAUGAUUAAGAACGACUAUGCCAUUGUGGAAGUUUCGAGCAGCGCGGAAGCACAGCGGGCCAUUGACUGGCUAGACAAGCAGAGGAUACUUAAGCGCUUGCUUCGAGUGCAGAUCAACCGCAACAAGUGGCACGAGCCCGUCCCCGACAUCCUCACUGGAGCCCCGCGUGCUUUGACUCCUAUCUACAAGCUCCAAGGUGACGACGAGCAGAAGUUCUUGUCCACUUUCGACCAAGACGAGGUAAAACAGGAAGAGCCACGACAAAGUGAAUACUUUGCCCCUCAGGCCUACUUCAGCGGUCGUGCUGCGAUUUCGACCGAGCACCCGCCUGUCAAACGUCUCGGCUACGGCAUCAAACGCGAAGGUGAUGUAGACAUGUCUGACGUCGACUCCAUGAGCCAAGUCAGCGAUGCGCCAUCUACCGGCGAUCCUCCUCGCGAGAUCGGCGUGGGAGCUGGUGGAGGUGGCGAGUGGAUCGCAGGAGUUCUAAGCGAAAUCCUCCAGAUGGAGAUGGCUAGCAGACCAUCAUCUUGGUUGGACGUGAGCAUGUCAGUCCAACGCGAACUACAGCAUCAGUUGAUGAGGGACAUCACAGAGGGCGACCCAAGGGAGGGAACACCGAUCUCUGUACCGUUGCUAGAGCUACUGGAUGCUCGAGUGGAGGAGCUUCGACAAAUUCAAGAGAGUCAAGUUUGA